GUCAAUAAUGGAGUAAUUAAUGUGAUAAUAAAUAUUGAUAAAUUCUUUAAUCUUAUUUAUUUUUUAUGAAAUAUAAAAAUACAGUGAAUAAUGGAUAUACUUCCAGGUAUUUGUUAGUUGGGCCCCAACGAAUCUGCACGGUUUAAUGUUAAUAGUGUCCUAUUUGUUUUAGAUCUUAUUAGAUUAAGGAAAUGGAGGGUGUUAAUGCAUCUUUCAAAAAAGGCCCAGGUCUUUAUGAGUUUCUCAUAGAAGCUGAAUUACAACAAUAUUUUAAUAGUUUCAAAAAUACACUAAAGAUUACUCAUCCUUCUCAGUUGAAAUUUACUACAGAGAGUGACUUAAUUGAAAUUGGAAUGUCUAAACCAGAAAUGCGACGUUUAAGAAAGUACUAUGAAAAGCAUUUUCCUCAUAAUUAUUUAUCUAAAUUCAAAAAAUUAUUAACUCACCGGAAACAUGAGAACUCUGUUACCGAUGCAUGUCUCUUGGCGACUACUGAUUCUUUAACACUAUCGAAGUCGCCAAGAGUUUCAAGUAAACAUAUAAUUCCUGCUGCAAGUAUAACCAUUAACAAAGAACUGGGUAUGGGAGAGUUUGGGGUUGUUCAGCAAGGUGUCUGGUGCAAUGAGGGAGAACGAAUACAGGUUGCAAUAAAGUGCUUAUCACGUGACAGAAUGCAGAGCAAUAUGGUUGAAUUUUUAAAAGAAGCUUCUAUAAUGCACAACAUAGAUCACCCAAAUAUUGUAAGAUUUUUCGGUGUUGUUUUACCAAACGUCGAGGGAAGUUUGAUGUUGGUAACAGAAUUAGCACCGUUGAGGUCCUUACUGGAAUGCCUUAAGGAACCAUCAUUGAGGUCCAGCUUUCCAGUGCUAACUUUGUGUGAUUUUGCAUAUCAAAUAUGUGAUGGAAUGCAAUAUUUAGAGGCCAAUAGACUUAUACACAGAGAUCUGGCUGCCAGAAAUAUAUUAGUAUUCUCCAAAAACAAAGUAAAAAUCUCAGACUUUGGCCUAAGCCGAGCAUUAGGUCAAGGCAAAGACUACUACCAAACUAAUUUUAACGUUAAUUUAAAAUUACCCAUAGCCUGGUGCGCUCCAGAAUGCAUAAGUUAUUUACGCUUUACUACUGCCAGUGAUGUUUGGGCAUUUGGUGUGACCCUCUGGGAGAUGUUUUCCUACGGUUUCCAACCAUGGGCCGCCCUAACAGGUCAGCAGAUUUUGGAAGCCAUAGAUGAACCUAAUUGUCAGAGGUUGGAACAGCCAGACUGUUGUCCAUUGGAACAUUAUAAUUUGAUGUUGGAUUGUUGGAGACAUGAAGCUGCCACAAGGCCUAGAUUUGCUGACAUCGGACCUAUUUUGGCAGAAUCUAGGCCUGAACAGGUUCAGGCUAAACUGUCUUCGAGUGAAGGGCCCCACAUGUUAACUUUCAGAGUUGGGGAUGUUAUAACUGUAUUGGAUAAAAAGACACAUCAGCCUUUAUGGAAAGGUGCAACAACAAGUGGUAAGACAGGAUUAUUUGAUCCCGUCAAUGUUGUGGCUUAUCUUGGUAGUGAUUUACCAAGUUCCUCCUUCUUGCGCACAGAUAGUACUAGGUCUUCGGCCAGGAGGAAAUUGAGAAGUGAAAUGAUCAGUGCACCUCAAGGUGAUUUAAAACAUACCGGCCAUGUUGGACUUGAUGGGGCAUAUUUUGGAGAUCUGAGCUUUUUAGGAGGUUCCAAAGGAAAUUACGGCAGUGUUCCUACUCAGGUAGUCGCUCCUUAUAGACCCCACACCCACAAGGAUCUUGAGGCUGCCCCCCUUCUUGAAGGUGACCAUGUUCCUGCACCGGCACCUCUUCAAGAUCACGAGUAUCAUGAAAUAAGUGAUGAAGAGAACACGCACAGUCCCAGUUUAGAUUUGGGUCCGUCCUUGAUGGCCGAAAUGGAGAUGAUGUUUAGUUCGUUGGGACAACAAAAUCAUUCUGUAGAUCACGAGGGUUCCUCCAACAGGAGUAACGAGUUACGGGAAAAAAUGAACACAAAAUCGAGGAAACAGGCCACCGUGAAACCGAUUUCAGCACACGAUCAAAAGACACUAGAUACUGCGAUUGCAUUAGCCAAUGAAAUCACGACAAGAUCAAUGUCUGCACCAGUUCCUACUACUCCAGCUUCUCCCAGUAAGAAGAAAUUUAGUUUUAAAUUCCCUUCUGUACAUGAACAAGAUAAACAUAGCGAGAGAAGAAAUUUUUCAGAAGAAGCGCUCUCUACGUCCGAUCUGCAGUCUAAAGUUACACAAGAGGCACACUUGGCGUACCAAGGUCUUGUAGAGAGCCCAACCAAUGAGGUAACGCAGUUGAUGGUGACAAACCCGUUAAGGAUUUUACGUUCUGGUCAACCCGUAAUAAAUACCAGGAACAGAUCGGCCAGUUUAGCCAGUAGUACUCUUCCUCCUAAACUGCAUAGUUCUGCCAGAAAUUCAAUUCCGGAUAAUUUAAAUGGUUCACAAGAUUUUUCACAUGCAACGCUACCAAGACAACACAGUAUAACCCCAAAAAUUGAACGUCUAAGAGAAGAGAAUCCUAUACCUCUACCACCUAGAGAUCGCAACAAAGUUCUUUUAACAGCGAAGGCAAGGCAUACCCGGAAGCACCCAUUAAUAAUACCCCCUACUAGUCUCCAGCGAACGUUGGAUAAAGUGAACACUGCCUCUCCGCCCCCCGUGAGCACUAGUGAUCCAUUUCAAAAACCAGAACCUGUUUACACCAAUAACGUUCCUCAAAUCAGUCAAAAAAUUCCAGAAUCUCAACACUUCGAAGAGCAAAUCGAAUCAAACUUAAAUGCUCUGGAUGAAAUUCCGGCAGAACAAGAUGUGGUAGAUGGCAUAAACGAAUUUGGGGGUUUGAAGAACGAUGACGAAAAAAUUCAUAGCCAUCACGUUAGCUGCGAAGAUCUUCUGAAGUUUGCUAACACGAAACCCAGCUCUAGGACCAGAGGAAAUGACUCCGAUGAAGUUAGAAUUAUGUCCAAAGUUUUGGGAAAAGAUGUAACAACGGAGAAAUGUCUUCAAGCGCUUGAUCAAUCUGAUUGGGAUGUAAUGAAAGCAAUCAAAAUUUUGAAACUUCAAAAUGUUGUAAGUGCAGACUUAAGUGCUUGUUUCAAUGCUUUGGAGAACUCGAUGUGGGACAUUACGAGAGCUGCUCAGUGGAUUCUGCAACAAGACGGCGAAGUAACGCAAGUGUAAUAUACUUAUUUUUUGUUCUAUUAAGUUUUUGGAAAUUUUUUAUUUAUUAUUAUCUUGCCAAUAAUCUAUUUAUAUUAAUAAUAUUGAUUAUGUUGAGAACUAACAUAUUUAUACACACAAUAAAUUUUUAU